GGAACACCCCGCUCUCCCUAGCUGGGCACUCUCUCUUCUCCGCGGCCGGUCUUACACUCUUACCUGCUGUCGGAAUUGCCUCGCUAUCAACAUUACGUAAGUGGUGAGAAAAAUCAGUACUUCUGGAGUGUUGGUUUAGCGCUGUUCGACAGCAGUGUACCCUGUUUUAACGGUGGCAGUGGCACACGGCUUUGCUGUCAGUGUCAUCGAUCAAUUGAAAGUCCAAUUCAUCAAUUCGUCGGCGGAGAUUCUUGCUUUUUUGGUACUUGAGGAGGAGUACUAUAUAGCUCGAUGCAUGCAUCUUCCUCCCUUGCAAACAACAUUCUGGUAGAUGUUUAUUAUCAGCAGCUGAUCGAUUGAGUUCUUGGUCGGUCUGCGGGCGAGAGCUGCAGGAAUAUAUAUACACAGGUGUGGGUAUUGUAAAGUAUACAUAUAUAUAUACUCAAUAAUAUGGAAGAACCCCUGCUGCCAUCUGGGAAUAACUUCAGGAGCAAGCUUGCUGCUGCCGUGAGGAGCAUCAAUUGGACUUACGCCAUCUUUUGGUCCAUUUCAACCAGUCGCCCAGGAGUUCUGACAUGGAAGGACGGGUUCUACAACGGCGAGAUAAAGACGAGGAAGAUAACAAACUCGAGGAACCUCACCGCCGACGAGCUCGUCCUGCAGAGGAGCGAGCAGCUGAGGGAGCUCUACGACUCUCUCCUCUCCGGCGAGUGCGACCACCGGGCGAGGAGGCCGCCCGCUGCGCUGUCGCCGGAAGAUCUCGCCGACACAGAAUGGUACUACGUGAUCUGCAUGACCUAUGCCUUCCGGCCUGGUCAAGGGUUACCAGGCAAAAGCUUUGCAAGCAAUGAAUUUGUUUGGCUGUCCAACGCUCAUUCUGCAGAUAGGAAAACCUUCCAGCGCGUGCUCAUAGCAAAGAGUGCAUCCAUUAAGACAAUCCUGUGCGUGCCAUUUAUGCAUGGUGUGCUUGAGCUCGGGACCACUGAUCCGGUUUCGGAGGACGCAGCUCUGGUAGACCGCAUCGCAGCGUCUUUCGGGGAGGAGCCGAGCUCCAUCCCUCCGUCGAACGACGAAGCUGGAGACGCCGAUGUCGUGUUCGAAGACCUCGACCACGCCGACACCGUCGAAGCGAUGGUCCCGGGGGAACGACGCGAUGAGCUCGGCCUCCGAGAGGUCGCCGAGUGCGGGUCCAACGCCCUCGACCUCGAGCAGAUCACCAUGGAAAUCGGAGAGCUCUACGGCUUCUGCGAGGAGCUGGACGACGUCGGGCGCUCUCUUGAGGACAGUAGCUGGGCGGCCGCCGUGGACCCCUGGUCUUUUCAGCUCGUCCCGACGUCGUCUUCCCCGGAGGCGGCGAGGGCAGCUACCGUCGUCGCGUUAGACGGCAGAUUCGUCGAUGGAUCUUGCAGAUCGUCGUCGUGUUUUGUGGCAUGGAAGAGAACGGGCUCUGACGAGGUGGCCGUGCCGUUCGCCGGCGGAGAGUCACAGAGGUUGCUGAAGAAAGCUGUCGCCGGCGGUGGCUGGGUGAAUAAUGGUGACGGCGCCGCGGUGAUAACCCCAGGAAGCAGCAUCAAGAACCAUGUCAUGUCAGAGAGAAGGCGCCGGGAGAAGCUCAACGAGAUGUUCCUGAUUCUUAAAUCAGUUGUCCCGUCCAUUCACAAGGUGGACAAAGCAUCCAUCCUUGCAGAAACGAUAGCCUACCUCAAAGAGCUGGAGAAACGAGUGCAAGAGCUGGAAUCCAGCAGCCAGCCGUCGCCGUGUCCAACAGAUCAGACAAGAAGACGAAGGUGCCGCGAGAUCACCGGGAAGAAGGUCUCUGCAGGAGUCAAGAGAAAGGCGUCAACACCGGAGGCGGCGGGCAGCGAAGACGAGGACACGGAUGGGGAGGAGCGCCACCACCACCGCGUGAGCAACGUGAACGUCACCGUCAUGGAGACGAAGGAGGAGGUCCUCCUCGAGGUGCAGUGCCAGUGGAAGGAACUGCUGAUGGCACGGGUGUUCGACGCGAUCAAGGGGGUCUCCCUGGACGUCCUCUCGGUGAAGGCGUCGACGUCGCACAGCCUUCUCAAGCUGAAGAUUCAGGCCAAGGUCUCGGCUGCAGCUAAGAGCUCGAUCGAUCGCAGCAGAAAUGCAGCAUCUGUCUACUAUCACUGCACCUCUAUCUACUAGCGUUUGGAGUUCUGAUGUUGGCCAUAUUGUUCCAUGCAGUUUGCCAGCGCUGCCGCCGUCGAACCUGGGAUGAUUACAGAAGCUCUCCGGAAAGCCAUAGCAAGCUCUAGCUAGUGGGUUCGAGAGAGAAUUGCGUAUUGGUUAACUAAUUUAUAUACUGUCAGUCUGCCAUAUUGUUCAAUGUAUACAACAUUUUCUAAGCAGUAUACAUUAUGUCAAUAAUGCAAAAUGCAGUAAGGGAAAGUAAGGCUGAAAUAGCUCUUGGGCAUUGGACACUGACCAAAUUAAGGAUGCCCUGCAUAACGUGCUGAAUGUAUGCAUUGAGACGUCGCUACCUGAAUCUUUUCUUUUUUUAUAUCUGAAAGCCAAGCCUGCAGCAAAACAUAAGCUCUUUAGGCUGGACCAUCUACUGGGCAUGACUAUUUAGGCCCAUUAUUGGC